AUGGAAUCGGCACUUAAUACCACUUUGGGGGCACGUUUGAGUGCGUACUUGGUUACUGCCGACGAUUUCAAGAGACAAAGAACUAGAGUCAACAAGAGGAUCCUCAAGCUACGUCGUGAUUUAAAUUUGGUAACCAAAGAUACCAAAAAUUACGGCGCAAAGGAGCAAACAUCGAAAAUCACACCUCAACAGUAUGAUGAAAAUAAGGAUUAUGGGUUGAUUGAACUACUUUUAGCUGAAAGGGACAUGUUGUAUGCCAGUGAGAUUAAAGCAAAAUUGGAUAUCAAUAGUGAAAAAUCGUCAUCAUACACUACUUUAUUGAAAACCAAGAUGAAGAGAGCCUUAUUUCACGUCGACAACUUGAUAAAAUUGACGGCAGGCGAGGUCAAUGAUAAGAUUCGCAUUGAAGUUUACAUCUAUGCUGCAUUGGUUGCUGGUCAAUUAUCAAUAACGAGAAAACAAUGGUUCAAAGCAUUGAAUGCAAUUUCGAUAGCCAAGUGCAGUUUAGAUUACUUGAACGCACAAGAUAGCAACAAGGAAUCUUUCAACAAAACAUUGUGUAAUGAAUUACUUGAAAACACGGUUGAUCCUUCAUUGAACUUGGCUGCUUCGCAAUUGGAUGACGUGCCAUCUACCGAUUUGAAAACGUUAUCAAGAAGAUAUUGCCAUGAAAAUUGUUUUCCAGAAAUAUCACCAGUUCUUAAGUUGAUUGACCCACUGUUUACCAAAGAUAUCUCAUCAUCGGUAAAGUUGCAGAAAGAGGUGGAUUGGAGGGGUCAUGUUGCAACAAUUUACAACGAUGAGCUCGCUUACAAAAUUCAGGAGUUGACAAGUGAUAAAGAAUGGGAAAAAUACAAUGAUGCAAAUCAAUUUGACCAUGUGAUUGCAUCUUGGAUCAACAUUUUGGAAUUGCAUAAAGAGGAUACUCAGAAAAAUCAAGAUGACGAUGACAUGGAAAAAGUUCAAGAUAGGGCAAUCUUAUCAACCUAUAUAAACUACAAUUUGUUAUUCACGAAACUCAAAAGGGAUUUGUUGUUGGUGGGUCAAUUGGCCGCCCACAAGAAUGUCGAAGAUAACAAGGAUAUAAUCAGGAUUUAUUUGGGUAUAAUUAAACUCGUUGAGGAGUUGAAAGAGCUUCCUGGUGUUUACAACGACGAGGAUUUGCAUUAUUCGCUAGAAAACUUGGGGAAAUUUUACGAAGCUCAAAAAAACGUUGUCAUUGCCGAGUCUUAUCAAUUUAAUAAUAGAUUUGCCGAAAGUUUGAAAAUUUACAACUAUGUCAAUCAGCAAUUGCAAGUUUCUCAUGACUAUUACAAAGUCGGUUUUCCAUUCAAUGUGAGCACGAAUACAGAAGUUGCAUUUUUCAAAGUGCAUUUGGAAAAGAAGGUAUUACAAGCUCAAGUUAGUGCCCAAUUCGAACAAGGAAAACGAGCAGCUUGUUCGAAAUACACCAUCGAGGAUAUGAAAAAAUUUCCUAUUGGUUUGAAUGUGAUUAACCUUGAUAAGAUUGAACCAGUCAUGUGUAAACCAGUUUUGUUUGAUAUUGCAUUCAACUAUAUUACACCUGCGAUUGAACCUGCACAACCUGUUCAGGCAACAACUCCUGCAAUUGAAACCAGCACAGAGGAAACUAAAAAGCGUGGGCUUUUUGGUAUCUUUGGUGGACGUAAGUAG